AGUCAACAAUUUAAGCUAAUAUUCCUAAUAUUCAUUUGUCAAUUGCAUCAUAAAUCAUCUCUUACAAGCUCUUUGUUUUGUUCUCGUUGAUCAAUACUAGUAACUGUUAGGACUUUGCAAAUUGCAAACUUAAACACACAAAUAUUUUUUUGAACAAAAAGCUAAUUGGCUAAUUGCCAAGCAUUUCAACAUCUACUUAACUAUGUACUUCCUGAUGUGCCCAGAUUGAAUAAGGGGCUUUUAAAAUUAUAAUGCGCUUUGCAUGGGCUACUUUUCAAGUCCAACUCCGUCUGGUUUAAUCUAUUUUUAUUACCAGAAAUUAUUAUAAUCUUUAUUGAUCAAUUUAUAAUAAUUAUAAUACUGAAACGUUAAUAAUUUUUAUUGACAUUGUCAUUUAUAAAUAAUUAAAUCAUCCAUCAAUUAUGCUAUUUACAAAUCUCAUUUUUAACCUUUUUAAUUCCUUUUAUAAUCCGCUCCAUUUUAAUUGUAGUAUAACCCUUAUGGCUCGAUCCCUUUUCAACCCGACCCUUGCAAACCCCUUUCAACAAUAGGCCGUUAAGGGCUCAAAAUGGAGUCCCGCCCUUGGAACACAUUUGUUUAAAAAUAAAUAAAGGAACAUGUGCAAGUAGCGUGAUAGAGAGAGGAGGUAGGUACUGAUUGCUGAAUGCUGGCGGUUGGUUAAAAGAAGGCGGCAAAAGUGCUGGAAGCUUCUGUUUUAGCAUGGAUUUUGUUUUUCUAACAGGUAGCUUUCUGAAUCUUCUCAAAUGUCCCAGCAAAUAAUUAUUUGAAUUGUACCAGUCGUUUUGCAUCGUAUUCAAUCUCAUCGGAACACCGGGAGUACGAAAUAUGAGGGUUUGAUCUGAGUCCAUUCAUUAAUGGAGGUUGCAGAGGCAAGUACAUCAUCUCAACUGGCAGAUACCAACAUUCACUGGGGCAGAUUGGACAAGACAAGAUUCCAUGUUAUAGGUGCAAUUCUUUUCACAGCUCAGUCUGCCUUACUCCAUCCUACAGCAGUUGUAAAGACUAGAAUGCAAGUGGCUGGUUCAGACCCAUAUCAGAUGAAAGGCAUAUCAGUAUUUACUCAAAUAUUAAAGACCGAUGGCAUUCGUGGUAUUUUCAGAGGUUUCGGAACUUCUGCCAUUGGAUCAAUACCAGGUCGGGUUCUGGUCUUGAGUUCUCUCGAACUUUAUAAGGAUAUGUCGUUCAAGUAUCUCGAAAGAUUCCACAUGCAAGAGGCUACUCGUCUUGGCAUUGCCAAUGGGGUGGCAGGCAUGUUAUCGAACUUAGUUUCUUGCGUAUAUUUUGUUCCUCUUGACGUGGUGUGCCAAAGGCUAAUGGUACAAGGACUUCCAGGAACCAUACCGUGCAAUGGGCCAUUCGAUGUUAUACAAAAGGUGGUGAGGUCUGAGGGAAUUCGCGGCAUCUACAGAGGGUUUGGACUCACUGCUUUGACUCAGUCCCCUGCGUCUGCGCUUUGGUGGGGUACGUAUGGUGCUGCGCAACACAUUAUGUGGAGGAGCUUGGGAUAUAGGGAUGAUAUGGAGAAAAAGCCAUCUUCUGUCGAAAUGGUAACUGUUCAAGGCAGUGCGGGCUUGGUUGCUGGCGCUGUUUCCUCAGUGAUUACUACUCCCGUAGAUACAGUCAAGACACGACUUCAGGUAAUGGAUAACUAUGGAGAUGGAAGACCUUCGGUGACUAAAACAGCCAAGGCACUUUUUAAAGAAAAUGGAUGGCUGGGAUUCUACAGAGGAUUUGGACCUCGGUUUUUAAAUAUGUCGCUCUAUGGAACAUCAAUGAUCGUCACCUAUGAGCUGAUAAGAAAUUCACUUCUGGCUUGCGGAUGCUGCCUUCUCAAUCUUACGUUUUAUCCCACCUUGCUGACCCAUGCGUUACUCAAGGUUGACAGCCCUUGUGCAGACGCCACUAAUGCCACUUGACCAAAUAUCUUUACACACAAUAUAAACCGAGCCCAUCCUUUAUAUAGGCUCGGUAAAUAAUCUGUAUAGAAACCCUUGCCAUGCACAGAUGCACGCAUGCAAGUCGGUGUAGAUUAGAGAUAGGCAAGAGUCUUGGAACUUCUGAAUUUCCCCACAAAGAAAAUAUUUUGAGCUACACAGGAAGUAAAGGUGAUACGAGCUUCGCUAGAUGCAUCCUUUGAUUUGUUAGCUAUUUGGGAAACAUGGUUGACGAAGUGCCUAAAAUAGAUUAGAUAUUUGGUUAACAUCCUUGACAAAGUAAAUGGAAAUGUAGUAAUUCUUAUGAGUUAUAUGAAACAAGAUAAAGUUCAUACUGCAUGUACUUGUAUUUGAUGGGUGUGUCUUGUUUGUUAUAUGAGAUCAUAGUUUAAUAUAUCAGCUACGUUGUGAAAGAUUUAACAUAGUUCAACUAGGUCGCAUCAUAACCGCGAAAUCACAAAAGCGGUUUCAUGACCAUUACAUAGGGCAAGAAUGCGGUAACACUCACAAGUACAGUAACAAUACGAGAUGCAACAACAUGAGUAAUAUGAUUGUCAUACCGUGAAAUAUUGUCUAAACUAUGAGAUAUUCCUUGAAUAAGCUUAAAAUGCAGUUUUUUUCAUCUUGACAACGCAGUAAUAUCGAUUUGGUAAAUUUGAAACCCUUUAUGCCAUUACAGUAUUACUGAUGCGUUG